AUGGCGGAGCACCCGCUCGCGGACGAGGACGUCACGUACCGCAUCGGCGCGGUCGACAGGGACGACCCGCGCGUCGGCGGCGCGUCCCAUCGUACGUUCCCGAUCCCUCCGCCGAAUCGCGGCGACGACGACGACGACGACGGCUUCCACGGCGCGGUCCCGGAAUGCCUCAGAGGCCCGCGGGAUAAGCUCGCCGCGCCGGUGAACACGCUGGAGGACAAGUUCGAGCUCCUCCCCGCGUUCCUCAAGGUGCGAGGACUCGUCCGGCAGCACAUCGACUCCUUCAACUACCUCAUCAACGAGGAGAUCCGAAAGAUCAUCCGCGCCAAGGCGAACGAACGCGUGACGUGCGACACGGACCCCAGCUUCUAUCUCCGGUACACGAACAUCCACGUCGGGAAGCCGUGCGUGGAGGAGGACUACAUCGUGGAGGACAUAACGCCGCAGCAGUGUCGGUUACGCGACAUGACGUACGCGGCGCCCGUCACCGUGGACGCGGAGUACACGCGAGGGAAGGAGAUCGUCACGCGUAAGACGAACGAGCAGGGCGUCGGCGGGAUCACGAUCGGACGCAUACCGCUCAUGUUGCGAUCGAGCCGGUGCGUGCUGACGGGCAAGAGCGAAGACGAGCUCGCGCGCCUCGGCGAGUGCCCGCUCGACCCGGGCGGGUACUUCGUCGUCAAGGGGGUGGAGAAAGUGGUGCUCAUUCAAGAGCAGCUCUCGAAGAACCGGAUCAUCAUCGACGUGGACGCGAAGGGCGAGAUCGGCGCGUCCGUCACGAGCAGCACGCACGAGAGGAAGAGUAAGACGAACAUCGUGGUGAAGCACGGGAAGUUGUACCUGCGGCACAACACGUUCGUUGAGGACGUGCCGAUCUUAGUCGCGCUCAAGGCGAUGGGCACGGAGAGCGAUCAGGAAGUCGUCCAGCUCGUCGGCCCGGACCCGGCGUACGCGAACCUCCUGAUCCCGUCGUUGCAGGAGUGCAGCGCGCUCGCGAUAUUCACGCAGCAGCAAGCCUUGGAGUACUGCGGCGCGAAGGUCCGGACGCAGAGCCGCAUGGGGGGGUACCAAUACGGUCGCAAUCGACGAAACAGAGUAGACGAAGCGCGGGACAUACUCGCAGGCGUCGUCCUCGCGCACGUGCCGGUGGUGGCGUACGACUUUCGGGGUAAAUGCGCAUACGUCGCGGUGAUGAUUCGCCGGAUACUCCACGCGAUGAUAGACCGCACGCAGAUCGACGACAAAGACUACUACGGAAACAAGCGUCUCGAGCUCGCGGGGCAGCUGCUCGCGCUGCUGUUCGAGGACUGCUUCAAGCGUUUAAACGCGGAUUUGAAACGGCAAGCGGACGCGGUGUUGUCAAAGAGCAACCGCGCGACGCAGUUCGACAUCAUAAAGUGCAUCCGGCAAGACACGCUGUCGAACGGCUUAGAGCACGCGAUCAGCAGCGGAAACUGGACGGUGAAGCGGUUUCGCAUGGAGCGGAAGGGCGUGACGCAAGUCCUGAGUCGCUUAUCGUUCAUAAGCGCGUUGGGGAUGAUGACGAGGAUUACGAGCCAGUUUGAAAAGACGCGGAAAGUCUCCGGCCCGCGCGCGCUGCAGCCGUCGCAGUGGGGCAUGCUCUGCCCGAGCGACACCCCGGAGGGGGAGUCGUGCGGGCUCGUGAAAAACCUCGCGCUCAUGACGCACGUCACCACGGACGACGAGGAGGAGCCCCUGCGGAAGCUCGCGUUCACGCUGGGCACGCAGCCGUUGUCGUUGAUUUGCGGCGCGGAGUUGCACGCGCCGGGCGGCGCCAUCGUGUUCCUCAACGGGUCCAUCCUGGGCGUUCACAGCGCGCCGGAUCGCUUCGCGCGCGACAUGCGGUACCUGCGUCGAAUCGGGAAAGUCGGCGAGUUCGUCAGCGUGCACACGACGCAGGGCGGUCGUCUGUACAUCGCGAGCGACGGCGGGAGAGUGUGCCGGCCGCUUUUGAUCGUCGCGGACGGCGAGCCACUCGCGACGCGUGAACACCUGGACGAGCUCAAGGCGGGACGGUGGGGGUUCAACGACUUCCUCAAGCGCGGGCUCGUGGAGUACCUCGACGUGAACGAGGAGAACAUCUCGUACAUCGCGCUGUACGAGAACGAGAUCACGAGAGACCACACGCAUCUGGAGAUUGAGCCGUUCACGAUGCUCGGCGUGUGCGCGGGAAUCAUACCGUAUCCGCACCACAACCAGUCGCCGCGUAACACGUACCAGUGCGCGAUGGGGAAGCAAGCGAUGGGGAACAUCGCGUUUAACCAGCUGAACCGAAUGGACACGCUGAUGUACCUUCUCGUGUACCCGCAGAAGCCGAUCGUGAAGACGAAGACGAUCGAGUUAAUCGGGUACGACAGGUUGGGCGCCGGGCAAAACGCCACCGUCGCGGUGAUGUCGUACAGCGGAUACGACAUCGAAGACGCCAUCGUCAUGAACAAGGCGAGCUUAGACCGGGGUUUCGGGCGGUGCAUCGUGCUUCGAAAGUACGCGACGCAGGUGAAGAAGUACUCCAACCGCACGAUGGACCGGAUCGUCGCGCCGACGGAGUCGCAGGCGGGGCCGACGGGGCGCCACCGGCUGUUGGACAGAGACGGCAUCGCGUCCGUGGGCACGCUGAUAAACCCCGGAGACGUCUACGUGAACAAGCAGAGCCCCUCGAACACGCGCGAUCCGCUGCCGAACCCGCACGCGAUGCCGGACACCUUCUACAGACCGACGCCGCAGAGCUACAAGGGGCCGCAGGGCGAGAGCUGCGUCGUGGAUAAGGUCAUGCUGACGAUGACGGACGAGGGCGUGUUCAACGUCAAGUGCCUCGUCCGACACACGCGCCGGCCGGAGGUUGGCGAUAAGUUUUCGUCGCGGCACGGACAGAAGGGCGUCAUCGGGACCAUCUUACCGCAGCGAGACUUCCCGUUCAGCGAGCGCGGGAUCACGCCGGACCUCAUCAUGAACCCGCACGGGUUCCCGUCGCGGAUGACGGUGGGGAAGAUGUUGGAACUCGUCGGCGGGAAAGCCGGCGCGCAGGACGGGCGGUUCCACGACGGCACUGCGUUCGCGGGAGACACCGCGGAGGACAUCGGCGCGACGCUCGUGAACCACGGGUUCUCGUACAACGGCAAGGACCUGCUGCACUGCGGGAUCACCGGCGAGCCGCUCGUGGCGUACAUCUUCAUGGGUCCGGUGUACUACCAGAAGCUCAAGCACAUGGUGCUGGAUAAGAUGCACGCGCGCGCGAGAGGCCCGAGGGUGGUGUUGACGAGGCAACCCACGGAGGGUCGCGCGCGCGAUGGCGGCCUGCGGCUCGGCGAGAUGGAGCGCGACUGCCUCAUCGGCUACGGCGCGAGCGCGCUCAUCCUCGAGCGGCUGAUGAUCUCCAGCGAUCAGUUCGAAGCGCAGGUGUGCAACAAGUGCGGCUUGCUCGCGUACAGGCACCACGGCACCGGGAAAGACGCGUGCGCGCAGUGCGAGGACGCCGACGUGAGCGCGCUGAAGCUGCCGUACGCGUGCAAGCUGUUGUUUCAGGAGCUGCAGAGCAUGAACAUAUGCCCGCGGUUGACGCUGAGUGACGCGUGA